CUUCCCCACUCCUCGUUGUCUUAAAAGGCAAAGGAGGGCAAAGGGACAACAGACACUUGGCGCAUCCACCAGAGCCCUAAGAAGCAGGAGGAACCGCAGCCACCAGACCACCACCAACAUUUUUUUUCAAAAUUCCCCGAUAUAGAAAGAAGAUUUUACAAAAAUGGGUACCAACAUGAACUUCAAGGGAUUUGGGAACGACCCACCAGGAAUCAACCCAUUAGCGAGGCAGUCUUCGAUCUAUUCGCUGACGUUUGAGGAGUUGCAGAACACCAUUGGAGGCUCAGGCAAGGACUUUGGGUCCAUGAACAUGGACGAGCUCUUGAAGAGCAUAUGGACGGCUGAAGAGACUCAGAUUAUGGCUCCAUCUGGUGGUGGAGCUGGUGGUCAGAAUGGGCUUGGCCUCGGUGGCGGGUCUCUGCAGCGACAGGGCUCGCUGACCCUGCCCAGAACGCUGAGCCAGAAAACUGUUGAUGAGGUCUGGAAGAACAUCUCAAAAGAAGGGACUGGUCCUGGUGCGUCUAAUAUGCCUCAGAGGCAACAGACCUUGGGAGAGAUGACUUUGGAGGAGUUUCUGGUCAAAGCUGGGGUUGUUAGAGAAGAGGCUCAAUUAGCUCCAAAGCCAGCUAAUAAUGGUGCUGGGUUUUUUGGUGACUUAUCUCGUUUUGGUAAUACUGGCGGUAAUUUGGACUUUGAGUUUCAGCAAACGAAUCGUGGUGUCGGGGUUAUGGGGAAUAGAGAGACCAAUAGUCAAGUUCCUAAUCAGGCCUCCAAUUUGCCAUUGAAUGCUAAUGGGGUUAGAUCAAAUCAGCAACAACAACAGUUACCACAGCAGCAGCAAAUAUUUCCCAAGCAGCAACCUGUCACUUACAACACUUCUCCAUUGCCUAUGGGACCAAAUGCUCAACUGGGUAGUCCUGGAAUGAGGGGUGGGAUUAUGGGAAUUGGUGAUCAGGGUCUGAAUGGUACUCUGGUUCAGAGUUCAGGGAUGGGAAUGGUUGGGUUAGGAGCUGCAGGGGCUGUUCGAGUGGCGACGGGGUCGCCUGCGAACCAGUUGUCAUCUGAUGGAAUUGGGAAGAGUAAUGGUACUGAUACGUCAUCUGUGUCACCGGUGCCUUAUGUGUUUAAUGGUGGCUUUAGGGGGAGGAAAGGCGGUGGCCCCGUGGAGAAGGUUGUGGAGAGAAGACAGAGGAGAAUGAUUAAAAACAGAGAAUCAGCUGCCAGGUCCCGAGCUCGCAAGCAGGCUUACACAAUGGAGUUGGAAGCCGAAGUUGCAAAACUAAAGGAGGAGAACCAAGAGUUGCAGAAAAAACAGGCUGAAAUGAUGGAAAUGCAGAAGAAUCAGGAUAUGGAGAUUAUAAAUCUUCAACGAGGUAAGAAGCGAUGCUUGAGAAGAACGCAGACCGGUCCAUGGUAAAGUGCAGAGGAGGGAAGAGGAUUCUGAUUAGAUGGGCUGUACAUAUUUCAGGAGCAUGUCUCUGCUGUAGAUUUGAGAGGUUUAGUGUGCUGUAGGAUGAACUUGCAUCUAUAUUUUUCUUCAUAUGCUUUCUCCUUUGAAUAUUAUGAGUAGAGUAGGUAGGGAGGGGAAGCAAAAUAUGGUCAGUUAGGAGAUAUCCUUUGGUCCAUAUUUCAGAGCAUGUUUAGUUUCCAACAUUAGUCAAACAAAUAUUUUAACAGCAUAUCUUGUGUGGUAACUCAAACCAUUUGUGGUAUUUUUGGUUUGUUAUCUUUUUAUAUAUAUUAAAUGUUAUUGUUUUAAUUUU